GAGAGAGAGAGAGAGUUUGAUUUUGGCGCGAAAUUGCGGGAUGAUGAAAACUUCCGGUUAAUGAAAGUGAUGCAAUGGACGUGGUGGGAGUUUGGGUUCAUUCAAACCAUCAAUCAUAUCAGUUGGCAAUGAGGCAUUGUGUAGAUAGAUUUGAUUUGGACAUUUAACUAUAUAGACGAAAUAUGUUGAGUACAGUUUUAGGCAGCUUAGCCAGUUUCUCAAAGAUCACGGGCAGUAGUGAUGACGAUUGGAUAGACCGUCUUAACCACCUAUGGACAGUGGUUCUACUGACUUUAUUUGCAGUGGUGACCUCGUCUGGUCAGUAUGCAGGUAACCCCAUCGAGUGUUGGGUGCCCGCAGAAUUCACAAGUGCGUACACCGCUUAUGCCAAAUCCUAUUGCUGGGUCUCCAACACGUAUUAUGUUCCUCAGGAAGAACCCAUACCACAUAGAGUAGCAGAUAGAUAUAACCAAGAACUGACUUACUAUCAAUGGAUUCCCAUCAUCCUUAUGUUUCAGGCCCUCAUGUUCAAAAUUCCUAACAUUGUUUGGCGUAUGUUGAAUGGACAAUCAGGUGUAAAUAUUGAGAAGAUAACAGCACUUGCUGAUACCGGGAUGCUGGGGGACCCAGACGAUAGAAUGAAGAAUAUCUCCCAUCUUGCCAAGUACCUUAAUCGCUGGAUCCAGACCCAUAGGGAAUAUAGGUACAAUUUCUUUGUCAAAGUCAGGGAGAAGUACUCCAAUGUGCUGUGUUUUUGUUGUGGAAAGAGAGACGGAACAUUUCUCACCGGUUUUUACAUAUUCACCAAAUUUUUGUACUGUGCCAAUGUAGUGGGGCAGUUUUUCCUACUGAAUGCGUUCAUGGCUACCGAUUUUAACAUGUUUGGAUUUGAAGUGAUUGAAAAUUUCAUUUUUGACAGGAAUUGGAGAGAAUCACCCCGAUUUCCGCGUGUGACUUUGUGUGACUUCAAAAUUCGCCAGCUUGCCAAUCUUCAGACCUUUACAGUGCAAUGUGUCUUGCCCAUCAAUCUAUUCAACGAAAAAAUCUUUACAUUUCUGUGGUUUUGGUUUUUCCUUCUAGCUGUUCUUUCCUUUGGAAACCUGUUCCAUUGGGUAUAUAUAAUAGUGUUUGGAGAAAAUAAGGUCAUGUACGUCCGAAAAUAUCUCAAAGCAUCUGGUGAAAUUCACACGAACUUUGAUAAGAAACUCUCGCGGAAGUUCGCGGAGCAUUAUUUACGUUCUGACGGAGUCUUCGUUUUGAAACUGGUCGGAAAGAACACAUCAGCCAUGUUCAUAUCUGACCUUGUUCAGUUAUUGUGGAAGACGUUUAAGGAGGAGAACUGUUCUCGGAAACAGAAUGGAGUGAUAGAAGUGGAGGUAGAGACACCCUUAAUGAAUGGAAAUUGUCAAAUGGGAGACAUGGAACCUCCUUCAUUGAAAAGCAAACUAUAAAUCUCAAAUGUUUAACAUGCCAAAAUCAAAAUGCCUUAGUUCAUAUUUUACAUAUGAGAAUGAAUUUGAUUGUUUAACAGAUUGAGAACCUGAUAUAUAUGUUUUUGUUUUUUUUUAUAGCAUGAGUACAUGUAUUCUAGAGUAGAUUUAUAUUUUACUGAUCAGUUGUUAUUGAAUGUUAGUGGUAGAAUUGUUUAGUGGUAGCAUUAGAUCUGUUUAGUGCUAGAUCUAUUAAGGGUAUUAAAUGUAACAGUAUAUUUGUUUUGAUUUCUCUUUGGUUCUACAUUUAAUAAGUGAAUGUUGUUAUGGAUUAUGUUGUCUUGUUGAUCUAGUCAAACACAUGGUGCUUUAGUUCUCACAAGAAGAGAAAACCUCAUGUUGUUUUUGUAGUUGUCUGUGUAAUGGUUUGUUUUUUUUAACUUAGUAUUUUCAAAGUCUUAAUUGUAUUGAGUUUAGGUUUGUUUUGUAUACAUAUGUAAUUAUGAUCAGGAUAAUAAAUCAUGAGUAUUAGUUUUUGUUACCACUAUACCAGUAUGAUAUAGGAAUGGUGGAAUAAUUUUGAGAUGUAUUAGAUUUUUUUUUUGAGGUGUAAACAUUAUUAAAUUUUAUAUUUUGUCAGCAACAGGUUAAUAGGGACCAGUUACCGGGUAAUAUAAUCCAUUUCAAAGGAAAUAUAUUUUUCUCUUUUAAUGUUAAAUAAAAGAUGUAUUUUUUUACUUCAAUGUUGCCACCAAAAACUAGUACUUUAAAUGAGCCAACUUUUCAUUCUUAUGUUACGUGUACUUACUGCCCAUCACAGCACUGCCUACUCAUAAGUCUUAAUUAUGUUUAUGUUGUGUUAAUUAUUUUUCCAUGUUUGUGAUAAUAUUAUUUUCAAAAGGCAUUUCUUUCUCACACGUUCAGAAUUUCAAUCUGUUUGCUCAUAAUCUUCGCCCACUAUGCAAUAAAAUGCAUGAUAAUUUAUUUUCUUUCAUAUAGAAAAUAAAUCUAGGUACUUUUGUGUAUUUAAAGAGAUUUAUUAUAUUUAACAUUCAGGGAUCAAGCUUUAGUGCAUGUACUUUAAUACUUUAUUUUAGAUGUACCUUAAUACAUUAAUAGACUUAGGUUUACUAAUUCUUUUCAAUCAGUUUAUGAGUUUUGGAAUACAUUGCCUGCAGAAAAAAUUUUAAUUCACCUGCUUAAGUUAAUCAAGAGUUGAACAAUCAUUAUACAUCUACUAAGAGCUUAACAGAUUUAAGCUUGAUAAUAAUAAUAAAUGAAUAGUAUUUGAUUACAGAAUGAUCAAAUGGUAUUAUUAUUUAUAUGUAACCAUAAAAUGAUGAAAUGACAAAGGACUUCCAAAUAAGGUCACAGAGGCUUAAAAGUAUUUUCUUGACAUUUGUUACACGGUAACACCAUUUGCAGUAGUAUUAGUUUAAAAUAUCUUUUUUUAAAUUCUGAUUUUAGAAAAAUUGUUGAUUUACUUUUUGAUGACAAUAAUUUAUUGCUAGGAUGACACAAGAAGCCAAUUUACAUGAGUUUAAUUAGAAGACGUCUAUCAUGUUCCAUCAGUCUAAGUUAUGACUCACUUGUUUUUGCUAAGGGAAAUAGUUUUUGGUUACUUAACAGUACAUGUUCUAGUAGAUACUUCAAGAGACUUAGUCAAUGUAAUUGUUAUAAACGAGGUAUUUUAAAGAGACUUUUCCUGCUUCUUACGAGUUUGACUGACGUUGACCUGUUUAUUACGACUGACUUUAGCCAAACACUCCCUAAGUGUCCAUAUAAAGUGUUGAAGACAAACCCAUUAUGGUGAAUAUUUUGUGAUUGAAAUCAGAUACCUUUAUAACCCUGUAUUCACAAUGUAGGUAGUAUAUGAGCGCAAGAAAGAUAGAUUAGUCUUUUAGUUAAAAUGCAUUUGGAACAUUAUCCAUACUUUAUCAGAGUAUCCUAUUUGAUCAGCAUUGUUAAUGUUCAUUAUGUUUGUUACUGAAAUCUAAAUUUUGUGUCUUUAGCAACUUUAAAGCAUGGUUAACCUAGCUCCCCAUAUUCCCCAAUGAUUUUUGUAAAUUGAUUUGAAUAAAGAUUAAAACUUAGAGAUCAGAAUAGAGGGUGGACUAAGGGUCAUAGGAAGGGGUCCAAGUAUGUUCAAUGUAAAUAACUGCAUAAAUUUCAAAAUUUUAAUUUAAAAAAAAAAAAUCAUUCCUGCCUCCCCCAAUAUCUAUCCUCCCUUCCUUUCUACUUUAUUUGCCCUUGAGGAUACAUGAACAAAAUGAAUGUUCCAAAAAAAAUUGUGGAAUAAAGGUUAAAAAUAAUAUUCAUAUUGUCAAGUUUGUACCUAGGUGUAAUUUAAGUGAAUUUGUAGUCCUGAAAAUGAGCAUCUACAUAUAAUUACAGUUUACAGCUUGAGAGUCAGUCACAUGAAGUGGCUUAAUCUUAAAGUUAGUGAUAGAAAAUUUCUAACAGAUGGUUUCAAUUUAGUGCUCUCACACUGCUGUUUUUUUGCAUUUUUUUUGUAGUUUUCAUGGUUUUACAAAAUAUGUUCAAAUACUUGAGCAUGUGCAAAGAUCUCAACAGAUUUUGAGUGGCAUUAUAUUGUGUAUUUUUUACGUUAUUAAUUGUUGUGCUAAGUAAUAUGUAGUAUUGUCAGAGGUGUAGGAUUAAUCGGAUUACUGUUGUAAUACUCUGUAGAAUUUUGGAGUUCAGAUUGAUCCCAGUUAUGAUUAAACUGGCAAAUUUCCAUGUCCUCCAAAAUUGAUGUUCAUAUAAUGAUUUCAUGUAAAUGUCAGUGGCACAUAAUGUGUAUAUCCUGACAAGCGAUGAGAAUUGUUACUAUAUAUUUGUACUGAUUACAAAAUGAUGUGUUUUGACCUUUGUUGUUUUCCCCCGUGACUGGUAUUCCAAUCAGUAUUUGUCUCUUUAACUUUUAGUUAAUAUUGUAAUUAUGUGUUUUUCCCAUCUCAUGUACCAAAUAUUCGAGGCAUUUUAUGUGAACAUCUCAUGAAUAUGGACCAAAUACUCAUUGCACUCAUUAAAGGAGCUGUAGUUCCAGCAGCCCCAAAUGUUGCUCAAUAAAUAAAACUUGAAUAUUCCAA